AUGGAGGCCGUGUAUAUCUUUCAAACGGCUGCAUUCUCGCUUCGUUCAAUUGCAGCUGUACUUAGACGCAACGGCAAACCAUUAUUUGGCGCUUGGAAUGCACGACAGCGUGAAUGCAUUUAUUCAUUGUCGCGCAGUUGUGUAUUAGCAACAGUGAAAUUUCAACCAAAUUUCCUCGAUCUCUGGCUCCUGCUUUUGAAACUCCUCUCUGUACUGCUAUUUCGGGACAGUGAAGCUUCCAGCGGCAGUGGACUGUCGGCAGCAGCAAUUCAGGAAUUUAAUCGUCGAGGCCCGUCGUCGACACACUUCGCUACAUUCGUCAAAACAGUUGAAGAUAUGAAGAAAAAAGUGGACAUCCUCUCGGUGGACAUGCUUUCUCUUGCCUUCGAGUUGGCAAUGUGCGGCGGCUGGCAACCUUUGGAUGGCUGGCAACCUUUAGACAAAAGUGGUAAAGCGGUAAAUAAAGAGGGUUGGUUCGUAUUUCCGCAUGGUUCCGAAUGUGAGCAAUAUGCUAUACGACUUACACUCAUCGGACAUUUGUAUCAGGCAUCAGUUAUUCUGAGCAAACCGUCUACUCCUCCUGUAACUUUGAAUGAUAAGGCUUUGGAUGAUGUGAUUUUGCAUCUCUUUUCGAUUGCUCGUCCUGGAGAACAGCUCGUUUCGCUAGACGCACUGAAAGAGACUUUGUACACAGCGGUGUUAGAAUUCCUGCGUCCGAUAUCUCUUCUCUACCAUGCAAUCACACUUGUACCCCCACCGGAAGCUUUGAAAGACCCGUCUGUUCAUGAAUUUGAGCCGCUCUGUCGCUAUCUGGGCUUCGCGCCAAGUGUUGCUGGUUUUCUGACUGAUUCCUGCGUUGAAACACUUUUCGCUUCGUAA